AUGGAGAAGAUCAAUGAAACCAAGGUGAAAGAGUUUGUUUUCCUGGGCUUCUCAGCUCUGGCAAGCCUCCAGAAGCUGCUGUUUGUUAUCUUCCUGCUCCUCUACCUGUUCACUCUGGGUGCCAAUGCUGUCAUCAUUUCCACCAUUGUGCUGGACAGAGCCCUUCACACCCCAAUGUUCUUCUUCUUGUCCAUUCUCUCCUGCUCUGAAACAUGUUACACAUUUGUGAUUGUACCCAAGAUGCUGGUUGACUUGUUGGCUGAGAAGAAGACCAUCUCCUUCCUGGGCUGUGCCAUCCAGAUGUCCACCUUCCUCUUCCUUGGCUGCUCCCACUCCUUCCUCUUGGCAGCCAUGGGUUAUGAUCGCUACGUGGCCAUCUGUAACCCUCUGCACUACGCAAUGCUUAUGGAACCUGGGGUAUGUGUGAGAUUAGUGUUUGCUGCUUGUGCUUGUGGAUUUAUUGUCUCUGUGGUCAUCACCUCCCUGGUAUUUCACUUGCCCUUCCACUCCUCUAACCAGCUCCAUCACUUUUUCUGUGACAUCUCCCCUGUCCUCAAACUCGCAUCUCAGCACUCCCGCCUCAGUCAGUUGAUCAUAUUCAUGCUAGGUGUAUUCGUCUUAGUUAUUCCACUGUUACUCAUCCUGAUCUCCUAUGUCCGUAUCAUCUCAGCCAUUCUACAAAUUCCAUCCUCUGCUGGAAGGUACAAGGCCUUCUCCACCUGUGCCUCCCAUCUCAUAGUGGUCAUUGUUCACUAUGGCUGUGCCUCUUUCAUCUAUUUAAGGCCCAAGACCAAUUAUUCUUCAAAUCAAGACACUCUAAUAUCUGUGUCUUAUACCAUUCUCACCCCACUGUUCAAUCCAAUGAUUUACAGUCUGAGAAAUACAGAAUUCAAGUCAGCCCUUCGAAGAACAAUGGGACAGACUUCAUAUCCUAUUAAUUAA